AUGCAGCGGCUUCGCUUCCGCGCCACGGUGGCUCGGCGCGGCCGGACUCGCGGCCGCAAGGCGUGGCAGAAGGAUACACUGCUGCUGCGAAAUGUCGUGGCUACUUCUGCCGAUCUCCCCGGCAAGAUUCACACAGACCAUGUCUGGCUGAAGGCCGCCAUGCUUGCUGCGGACAAGUUACUCCUGACGAGCACCAUCCGCAAGAAUGCGACGGAGCUCAAAGGAAAAGAGCUGGCUCUACACAAGGGCAACUUCGACGCUGUUGGCACACAGGCAGCUGUGCUGGCUGGCUUCGCCGUUGUAAUGGUAGUCGAGUUCCACAUGCCGGAGACGGCGCACUUUGCCCUGCAAGGGGUCUACUACGUUUUUGCAGUCAUUACGUUGGUCGCCAAUCUGAGAUGUGUCGCGAUGACGACCUGCAUCACCGUGAUGGGCACUGGCCUGGCCUUGCGAGGGCCCGAUGGCUCCAUGGUGCGUGCGGUGGAAGGCAUGUACAACCAGAGGGCCAUCGUCUUCAGGUCCUUUGGCACCGGGAUCGUGGCUUGCUGCUGCAGCGUGGCUGUGAUUGCCUGGAUCAAGAUGGAUCCCAUCCCGGCCUGCAUAUGCACUGGCGCGAUCGCUUGGACCCUUUUUUCCAUUGCGAGAUACACUAGAUUCUACUUGGAGUUCUUCAAAUUCAAUGAGGAUGAGGUGGUUAGCUUAGAUGAUAUCCUUGGCGCCGACCUGGUGAACAAGGAGAACAUUGUGAAGCAGCUCGGGAUCGGCAGUGACACGCUUGUGCGAUUGCUUGGGGCGAUAACGCAGAACCGACGACAGCACACCCCUGACACCGCCACAGAAGCUCCUUGCAAGGUGGGGAAGCAACUGGCGCAGCUGGCACCGAAGCUGGGGCAGCUCGUGGAGUUCGAUGCCCGAGUGAGGUGGUACAGGAAGCUGGGUGGCUGGGACUUGCGGCUGUCCCACCACACGAGCCUCGAUCCUGACUUCGACACGAGAUACAUGACACCCGACAAGGGCCAGGUUCAGGAGAUGCAGCAGAUUCUCAGUAGACACAAGGAGCUGCGCAGGCUGUCAAGGCAAGCACCGCCGGUUGCUAUGACAACGGUAGAGUCUUCAAUGUCUUCCAAGGAGAUUUCGGAAAGCCCAGGCCGCCAGCUUACUGGAUGUUGA